UUGUGCUGAACGUCACCACUUCUUGUGGCUAACGUUGUGCACAUAACAUGUUGAGGAGGCGUUCUUUGUGACAUUGUUCAAUCAAGUAAAAACGAGAAAACGGAUAAAUGGACCGUGGGUCGAAGCACAGGCAGGUGAAGCCUCUGGCUGCCUCUCUGCUGGACGCCUUAGAUUAUGACAGCUCAGACGACAGUGAUUUCGAAGUGGGAGACGCAGAUGCCUCAGGGUCAGAGGGUAGUGCCAUUGGAAGUGAUGAGGAGGGGUCCAAGGAGGAGAGCGCUGCUGAGGACUCUGACAACGACAGCGACUCUGACAACAUCGGCUAUGCAAUGGACGGUGAGGAACAGACCAAGGAGCUGACAGGUGACGACACCCCCACAGAGGAAGAGGAGAGGACGUCCUCUGACACUAGCAUCACCACCACUAAAGACCCUGCUCCAUCAGGGGUGCCCAGGGGCCGAUGGAGGAGAGAGGAGAAGGCCUCGGACACAGAGGCUGGGAGUGGAGGAAGUGGGAGUGGCACAGGGCGUGGUAAUGUGGGUAGUGGUAAUGUGGGUAGUGGUAAUGCGGUAGUGGUAAUGCGGAGGACGGCCGCGACACUGGAGCCCAAGAAGUGGAACCUGCGUUGUAAACGCCCCAUGCUGGACUUCACCACCAAGGAAGAGCUCAAUGAGAUGGACGACUACGACAGCGAAGACGACAAUGACUGGAGGCCCACCUCCGGUAAGAAGAAAGCCAAGACGGCGGCCACUCAGAGAGGAGGAAGCGAGGGAGAGGAGGAGGCGGAGGAGGAAGAUGACGACGGAGGGAGCGGUAGUGAGGAUGAUGACAACGAUGGUGGUGAUGAUGAAGAUGAGAACAAAGAAAGGAGCAGUAGCGACAGCGAUAAAGAGGUGAAGAAACCCAAUAAGAAAGUGAUAAGCAGCAGUGUGUUUGACAAGGAGCUGACCAAUGACAGCAUGUCACAGGGAAAGAGCAACAAGGAUGCCCUGCUGGAGCGUGCCCAGGCGUGGAGCGUGGUGGCCCAGAGGAUGGAACACAUCCUGAUCUGCUGCGUGUGUCUGGGAGACAACAGCGAGGACGCUGACGAGAUCAUCCAGUGUGACAACUGUGGUGUGACUGUACACGAAGGUUGCUAUGGAGUGGACGGGGAGAGCGAUUCCAUCAUGAGUUCUGCCUCGGAGAACUCUACGGAACCGUGGUUCUGUGAUGCCUGCAAGAACGGAGUCACGCCCAGCUGUGAGCUCUGCCCCAAUCAGGACGGGAUCUUCAAAGAGACUGACGCUGGGAGAUGGGUCCAUGUGGUUUGUGCGCUCUACGUCCCUGGAGUAGCGUUUGGGGACAUUGAUAAACUACGACCAGUGACUCUCACAGAGAUGAAUUACUCCAAGUAUGGGGCCAAGGAGUGCAGUUUCUGCGAGGACACCCGGUUCGCCCGGACAGGCGUGUGUAUCAGUUGUGAUGCUGGCAUGUGCCGAUCCUACUUCCAUGUGACCUGUGCUCAGAGGGAGGGGCUUCUCUCCGAGGCAGCUGCGGAGGAGGACAUAGCCGAUCCCUUCUUUGCGUACUGUAAGCAGCAUGCGGACCGCUAUGACAGGAAGUGGAAGAGGAAGAACUACCUGGCUCUCCAGUCCUACUGCAAGGCGUCUCUACAGGACAAAGAGAAGCAGCUGGCCCCCGAGGCACAGGCCCGUAUUACCACCCGGCUGCAGCAGUACCGGUCCAGGGCAGAGCUGUCCCGUAACACCCGGCCCCAGGCCUGGGUCCCCCGGGAAAAGCUGCCGCGACCCCUGACCUCCAGCGCCUCCGCCAUCAGGAAACUCAUGAGGAAGGCUGAGCUCAUGGGCAUCAGCACGGACAUCUUCCCCGUAGACACGUCAGACAUCAGCGCCAGUGUGGACGGACGCAGGAAACACAAGCAGCCCGCCCUCACUGCAGACUUCGUCAACUAUUACCUGGAGAGGAACAUGAAGAUGGUGCAGAUCCAGGACAAUAUCUCUGAGCAGAAGAGCCUCAAAGACAAGCUGGAGAGUGAGCAGGAGAAGCUGCACGUCGACUACAACAAGCUGUGUGAGUCUCUGGAGGACCUGCAGAAUGUCAACAGUGUUCUGAGGAGUGAGGGCCAGGUCAUAUGGACCAUGCUGGGAGGAAUCCUAGGACAGAAACUGAACUCCCCGUCGGUCCUGAAAGCCCCUAAAGAGAGAAAGCCCAGCAAGAAGGAGGGAGGAGCUCCUGGGAAGUCCUCCAACCUACCAGCUGUCCUCUACAGCUGUGGGAUCUGUAAGAAAAACCAGGACCAGCAUCUCCUGCUCCUGUGUGACACCUGCAAGCUCUACUACCAUCUGGGCUGUCUGGAGCCUCCGCUGACACGCAUGCCCAAGAAGACCAAGAACAGCUACUGGCAAUGUUCAGAGUGUGACCAGGCCAGUAGCGAUGAUGCCGACAUUGCCAUGGAGACCCUUCCCGACGGCACCAAAAGGUCUCGGAGACAGAUUAAAGGACCAAUCAAAUUCAUCCCUCAGGAGAUGUCCCCAGAGCCCAAGAAACGAGAUGUGAGGGGCACGGUUAUUGUCCUGCUGAAUGGUGGAUUUGUCUCCCAGUGUCUAUUGGAAAGCAGACUGAACCAGAGAACCAGAGGGCAGAAGAGGAAGAGGGUGUCCGUCUGUGAAGAAGAAAAGUUUGAGGUGGAGGAACCGGCUCUACGGGAGCGGCAUCAGCGCCAGUCUGCGAUGCAGAAGAAGACACCUAAAGCAGACGACAUUAGGACCGACUGUACAUCCUGCAAAGGACCUGGGGACAACGAGAACCUCGUCAGGUUGUGAGAGCCGGGGCAGACACCUCUCCUCACCUCCCCACACCUAGACACUGCUGGACAGAUGAGAGAGAGAAGCAGACCUUUGGCUUAGAGGCAGAGAGGGACUUAAUUACGUGGAAGAAUGACAGCGGCGGUGUGGGAUCAGAUGGCCAUCUUUGACCUUCCAACCACGGUCUUCUUCGUGACCCAAAUUGGACCUUCUACUGGCCGUCCAAUUAAAUUUGAGGGAGAGAGGCAGAAAUGGAAAUGAACUUUGAUGAAUUCUAAAAUACUUGUUGAAAUUAUCAAAUUAAGUUUUGGAAGGUUCAGUAUUACUGAACUGGUCAGAAGAAACAACAGGCCCUUUAUGAUCAUCACUGCCAACUCUAAGAGUCCAUCUCUAAGGACUAAGGUCUAUCUAGAGUAAGGAGUGAUUCUGAAACUGAACAAUAUUACUAGAAGCAUCUCAUUGGUUACCUGUCUGUCUGCUCCUCUCUAUUCCUCUAACAAUGGUGCUUCUUCUCUUCCCCUUUUUUGUCUCCCUUGUUCCCUUUUCUGUUUCUCUACCCCUGUCUCUUCACUCUCUCCUCAGCCCCCUUCCCUCUAUCAUCCAUUCUAUGUUGGCACUUCACUCCUUUGACCUCCCUAAGCAUCUUAUCACCACAUCCAAUCAGUUGUAUUGACUCGAGUCAUUUGUGGUCCAAUCACAUAGUGUUUUCCUCAGUAAAGGCCUUUAAUUGGAGAUGCACUUGAACUUAAGCUCUCAUCAUCUUCUUCUAGUGUUGUCGUCAAGUAGAACUUUCUAGAGUAGAGGAAAAGUAGUGAUUUUUAGUAGAAUGAUUUUCCUUUCUGGUGUUUGAGAAGUACUGUAAGUAGCUGCUUAGAUAAGGUUUAACAUAUUGAAAAUAGCAACAUUCGUAGUAAUGGUUAUUGUAACUUCUAAUGUGAAUGUGUGUGUACAGUAGGUUUUUAGUCUCCCUUCCUUCCUCUCUUUAAUAUUUUUAAAGUGACAGUUUAAUUCUGAGUUCUAUUGGAAGUGUGUGUGUGCACGCGCCUCCCCAGUGCCCCAUAGUGAGUGCUGUCAACUGAGCAGCUGCCAUGUGGUCUGUCUGUCAGGGUCCUUGACAGAAGUGUCACAGUUUGCCCUCACAUGUCACUCCUCCGCUCAUCUCCCCCAUCCCAGGACCCUCUAUGUCACUACUCCUCUCUUCUGCCCAUCUGUCUGGGGACCCUAUAUCCAUGGCUCUGGGAGCUGCCAAACCUCACAUAAUGCUUAGGUCCACUGGAAAAUCUGCUGAGGAAAUAAAUAUGGUGGUUUGGUAGUUUUCCUGUGGAGAUUAGAGAUGCCUGUACAGGAUGACCUGGUCACUCACCACGUCAUGUCACCCCCACGAGCCCUCCUCAUCCCUCAUCCUUCUCAUCCACUUCAAAAAAGAGGACAGCCUCUAGCUAACCCUACUACAGCUAACCAGCUAACCCUACUACAGCUAACCAGCUAACCCUACUACAGCUAACCAGCUAACUCUACUACACGUAACCAGCUAACCCUACUACAGCUAACCAGCUAACCCUACUACAGCUAACCAGCUAACCCUACUACACGUAACCAGCUAACCCUACUACAGCUAACCAGCUAACCCUACUACAGCUAACCCUACUACAGCUAACCAGCUAACCCUGCUACACGUAACCAGCUAACCCUACUACAGCUAACCAGCUAACCCUACUACAGCUAACCAGCUAACCCUACUACAGCUAACCAUGCUGCUGCUCCAGUUUCAACUUCCACCUGACUGUGCUGCUGCUCCAGUUUCAACUGUUCUGCCUUAUUGUUAUUCGACCAUGCUGGUCAUUUAUGAACAUUUGAACAUCUUGGCCAUGUUCUGUUAUAAUCUCCACCCGGCACAGCCAGAAGAGGACUGGCCACCCCACAUAGCCUGGUUCCUCUCUAGGUUUCUUCCUAGGUAUUGGCCUUUCUAGGGAGUUUUUCCUAGCCACCGUGCUUCUACACCUGCAUUGCUUGCUGUUUGGGGUUUUAGGCUGGGUUUCUGUACAGCACUUUGAGAUAUCAGCUGAUGUACGAAGGGCUAUAUAAAUAAAUUUGAUUUGAUUUGAACCAGCUAACCCUACUACAGCUAACCAGCUAACCCUACUACAGAUAACCCUAAUGCAACUAACCCUACUGCAGUUAACCCUACUUUCAGCUAAUCCUAUUCCAGUUAACCCUACUAAAGCCAACCCUACUACAGCUAACCCUACUACAGAUAACCCUACUCCAGCUAACCCUAAUGCAACUAACCCUACUUUCAGCUAAUCCUAUUCCAGUUAACCCUACUAAAGCCAACCCUACUACAGCUAACCCUACUCCAACUAACCCUACCCUACCCUACUACAGCUAACCAGCUAACCUUACUCCAGCUAAACCUACUCCAGCUAAACCUACUCCAGUUAACCCUACUAAAGCCAACCCUACUACAGCUAACCCUACUACAGAUAACCCUACUCCAGCUAACCCUAAUGCAACUAACCCUACUUUCAGCUAAUCCUAUUCCAGUUAACCCUACUAAAGCCAACCCUACUACAGCUAACCCUACUCCAACUAACCCUACCCUACUACAGCUAACCAGCUAACCUUACUCCAGCUAAACCUACUCCAGUUAACCCUACUAAAGCCAACCCUACUACAGCUAACCCUACUCCAACUAACCCUACCCUACUACAGCUAACCAGCUAACCUUACUCCAGCUAAACCUACUCCAAUUAACCCUACUAAAGCCAACCCUACUACAGCUAACCCUACUCCAACUAACCCUACCCUACUACAGCUAACUAGAUACUCCAGCUAAUCCUACCCUACUACAGCUAACCCUACCUUACUCCAGCUAACCAGCUACCCAUACUCCAGCUAACCCUACCCUACUCCAGCUAACCCUACCCUACUACAGCUAACCUUACCCUACUCCAGCUAACCCUACCCUACUACAGCUAACUCUACCCUACUACAGCUAACCAGCUAACCCUACUCCAGCUAACCCUACCCUACUACAGCUAACCCUACCCUACUACAGCUAACCCUACCCUACUCCAGCUAACCAGCUAACCCUACUCCAGCUAACCAGCUAACCCUACUCCAGCUAACGCUACCCUACUCCAGCUAACCCUACCCUACUCCAGCUAACCCUACCCUACUCCAGCUAACCAGCUAACCCUACUCCAGCUAACCCUACCCUACUACAGCUAACCCUACCCUACUCCAGCUAACCCUACUCCAGCUAACCCUACUCCAGCUAACCCUACCCUACUACAGCUAACCAGCUAACCCUACCCUACUCCAGCUAACCAGCUAACCCUACUCCAGCUAACCCUACUCCAGCUAACCCUACCCUACUACAGCUAACCAGCUAACCCUACACUACUACAGCUAACCCUACCAUACUCCAGCUAACCUUACCCUACUCCAGCUAACCAGCUAACCCCACUCCAGCUAACCCUACCCUACUACAGCUAACCAGCUAACCCUACCCUACUACAGCUAACCAGCUAUCCCUACCUGUACUAACCUUAGCUCUGGCUCUGUAUAUAUAUAACCAUCAGACCAAGGGUUAGGCUAUGGCCAACUGUGUAUCUGACUGUAGCCUACAGUAAAUGUACUUUUAACAUGGCAAUACGUGGUGUGUUCCAUCCGUUUAGAGUGUGUGAAUGAACACCUGGUAGCUGUGUUGUGUGAUCGGUGUGUACAGUAUUUAUUAAUUGAUUGAAGUCCAUGCUUUUUUGUGUCUUUUAUUUGUGCAUUCAUUCUUGAUUUUAUAUCGCAAUACGCCUUUUGUUAUUACUGUAUUGUGAAGAAAUUGAGUUAAGCUCACUUUUGUGUAGGAACCUUAAAGGACUCCUUGCUAGUCAUAUUAAUUGUUUACAUAUUUGUUUACAAUACAUGCCUUUAUGCUACUAUUUGUUUACACACAUGCCUAUAUGUGAUUAGUAUUAUUUGUAUAUUUCUAUAUGUAAUUAUUUCUAACAUGUUGUGGUAUUACCACAUUUGGUAGAAGUUCAUACAGUAACUGUGAUAUACUGUAUGGAGUAAGAAUGUUGCUGCUCUCAUGAUAUGUGUGAAUGUGAAGUAUCCCGAACUCCCAGCCCCUAUGGCCCUCAGCAUUACAGCGGAGCUUUAAUAAACUCUUGACUUUUUCACCUUA